ACAAACAUUUCAUAAAAAUUCUGGCUGAAUAAGAAAAUAAAAAUGCAUUUUUUUUUUUUUUCAUACAAUGUCAAUAAGUAAAAUUUAGAUUCAUUUACCCGGAAAAACAUUAAUGAAUGUUCCAAAAAGAAAAAAAAAUGUUCUUAUGUGUUUGUAUUUGUGUGUUCCAAGAAUCAUUAUCAAAUAAUCAAGAAAAGAAUUGCACCACCAUCGACAACAAUACAAAAUGUACUUCAUUGUUAGCCAAAAAAAACAGUAAAAGGUUCAAAUCUGGAAUUUGCAAAUCCACAUUUGUUGUCAUUGAUGUUGAUGAUGAUGAAAUAACGGUGAAAUUUGGCCUGAUCUAUUCAAAUUGUUUAUUGGCAUGUUAGACAUAUCAAUGACGUUUACAUUAUCAUAUAAUCAAAAUGAAUCAUCAUCAUCAUCAUCAUCAGCAACAUCUUCAACGAAAAAUCGAAAGAAUUUCGAUGCAAUUAUAAAAAUUAUGAUGACGACAAAAAAAUCUUCGAUAAUUAAUUCAAAAAAUAAUCGCGGAAAAAUAAUGGAAGAAAAAUCACAAGGAUUGCAAAAAAUUCUGAAAUUUAAUCAAAAUCUAUUCGGUGAUCGAACACCAAGAAAUUCUCAAGCAGUAAUAAUGGCUGAUAAUGACAAUAAUAAUAGAAUAAAUAUUAGUGAUUCAACUCGUAUUACCUAUUUGAUUAUACAUCAUGUAUUACGUUUACUUGUAUUGAUUCUUUGUAUUAUCGGUUGUAUGGUACAGAUUAUAUCGAUUGUUAACAUUUUUUUUGGCUAUCCAGCUAUUGUUUUUGUUAAUAUACAUCAAAUGGAUAGGCUUACAUUGCCUGGUAUUACUAUUUGUAAUAACAAUAGAGUUAUGAGAUCAAAAUUGAAUGCAUAUGAUGCAAAAUUUGCUUACAAAUGGAAUGUAUUAAUGAAUCGUACGACAAAUAAUCAUCAAUUUAAAUUGUAUCAACAACGAUUAAUCGAUAAUCUAAUACGUUCAAUGUUGACAAAUCUAACCGUUUCUGAAUUCAUGUCAUUUGGUAAUACGGCUGAUGAUUUUUUAGAUGUUGAUUUUUUUCGCUGUGCAUCGGAUAAAAAUCAUCCGGAUAAAAAAUGUAUAUAUCUCUCGAAUCUAUUUACAACGGCACAAGAACAUGGAAAUUGUUUCACAUUGUUUCAUAAAUCCAAUUCAACAAUGUUAGAAACAAUUUCAAUCGAAUCCGGUCUAUCCGAAUCAGCUGUUGUUCGUGGUCUGAAUAAUGAAUCGGUAGAUAUUGAAAUGUCGAUGAAACCAUUUGCACCGAAUGAAAUUCUAAGAUUUCGUGUGAAUUUCGAAGAAGAUGAAUAUACAACAUUGAAUGAACCGAUAUCUGGCCGUUUUAUUAUACAUGAUAAUAGUCAAAUUGCUGUCAUACGAGAGAAAUCGUAUCGAAUAAAACCGGGAAAAUAUUAUAUAUUUUAUAUAACAUCGAAAGCAAAUUGUGUAAUUGGCUGUAUGGCACGUAAAACGAUUGAAACAUGUAAUUGUUGGCCACCGGAAUUACCGUUUUUAUUUAAUGCACAAUUGAAUGCAAGUGAAAAUCAAUUAAAAUGGUGUGAUUGGCGUGAAAAACCACCGAUUAAAAAAUGGCAAGAUAAAUCAUCGAAUCAAACAUGGUUUCAAUAUUGUUUCAAUAAACAUGAAGAUGAAUGUAAUAGCCAUUGUAAAUCCGAUUGUCGUAUUGAUCGUUAUCGUAUAAUUAGCGAAGAAAUUGAAUGGCCAUCAAAGGAAAGAAUUGAACAUACCGAUGAUAAUGAUCUUCGACGUCUUAAAUCCUGUUGUGCUGUCAUUUCUAUACGAUAUUGGAGCGCUGAACAGAAAAUUAAUCAAUACAAACCACGUUUUGAAAUUGCCGAAUUUACAUCAAAUAUUGGUGGUCUAUUAUCAAUGUGGCUUGGUUUUUCACUAUUUGGCUUCUAUAAUUUAAAUGAAAAAUUUUUCGUUCGUCUUUGGCGUCAUUGUAUGGGUAUAAAACAACAACAAAAUACAACAACAAGAAAUGAUGAUAAUGAUGAUGACGAAAGAAAUUUAAAUUUGAAUAAAAAUCAACGACAAUCAUAUCAUCAUAAAAGAUCGUAUCAAUUUUCUGAUGAAACUAUAAAAUCAUCGAAAAUUAUACGAAAAUCAGAUUCAAAUGGUAAUAGUGAUGAAAAAGAAGAAGUGAUUGAAGAGACGAAAAAAUCAACAAUCCGUCGUAUACCAUUAUCAAAACGGCGAAUAUUUCAAAAUGUUGUUUAUAAAAAUAACAAAAAUAGUGAUAGCGAUAAUCCAACCGAAAACACAACAUAACAAUCGUGAUGUUUUUAGAAAAGAAUUUAAAAGCAAAAAAUAAAACGAGAAAAAAAAAUCGAUUCUAUGCAAUAGAGUUUACAUAGUAUCAGGGCAUGCAUGCAAAAAUAACAACAAUAACAAGCAAAUAAACAAUCAAUAGAUUCCGAUUCUUUAUUCCAUGGGGAAAAUCUUUGGAUUUUUUUUCAUGAGUAUAUAUUGGAAAAUUUCUUCAUAACCAAAAAAAAAAUUUCGUCAUGUUUUUUCCACCGAAAUACGAUUGAUAGAUUUUUUUUUUGCUUC